AUGAAAAAACUCAUAGAAUUUUUUUUUUCUCACCUACUUUUACUACAUUUUUUUAUAAAAAAUAUAAAUUGUGAAACAAAUAGUAAUUUACUUAAUUAUCAAAAAGAUGUCAUAAAUGUAACUCCAGAAAAUUUUAUUUCUUCGAAUAUUAUAGACGAAGAAAAUUCAUAUAUAAUAGAUUUAAAUUCGGUUGAUAAAAGUAAAAGAUUAGGAAACAAUUACAGUAAAUUAUUAAAUAAUGCAUUUUACGGUUAUGGUAACAAUGACUCUUUAAAAGAUGCACAUGGAAAAGAUAAAAAUAACAAUAAAAAAGUAAAAUUACAUGAAGAUAGAUAUUUAGAAAAAAGUAGAAAAAUUGGUUCUAGUUUUAUGCUUAUAAAUAGGCAUAACAUAGUGAAUAAUUUUACAGAGAAGAAUGAGAAUGAAAAUUAUGAUAAAUUAUGCAAUAAAGAAAUAAUGAGAGAAAAUUGUAGAACAACAAAAAAUCAAAAAGUUUAUAUGAAAGAAUUGAAAGAGAAAAAUAAUAGUAAAAUGAUGAACAAUUUAAUACAAAAUCAACAAUCUACUAAUGUUAUGUACAAAAAAAUCUCAAAUAAAAAAAAAAAAACUCAACCUAUAAUAUAUAAAUAUUCAGGCUAUAAUUCUUACAUAGGGCAUAAAAGUGCUAAUCCCAAUUUUAAAAAAGCUCAAAAACAAAAGGAAAAGAACAUUUCAUUACACGAAGAUUUUACAAUAAGUAAUAAAAAUAGAAUUAAAGGACUGAAAGAUGUAGGGGAAAAAUUGGAUUUAAUAUCUUUAGAUAAAUUUGUCAAUGAUUAUACAGACACUAAUUUUUUCGAAAAAGAAAAGUAUGUUAAACUAGAAUACCCACUAAAUAAAAAAACAAAAAAAAAAAGAAAUAGAUAUGCUAAUAUGUAUAUAAAUCAAAUAAACAAUAAAAAGGAUAAAAAACCCGCAUUUAACAAUAACAAUAUAAAUUCUAUAAAAUUUAUUGAUAAUGAAUACAAUAAUGCAAAAGAAAACAGAGAUAAUGAAAAUAAUCUGAUAGAUGAUUCUGAUCUAUUGGGAAUACUGAAAGAUGGAUAUAAACCUGACGAAGUUUCAAACACACAAAAAAAAGAUGAAGACCAUAAAAGGAAAAAGAAAAUGAAAAAAGAAAAUUAUGAAGAUUUUGAUUUAAGAGAUGCUAUAAUUGACGACAUAGAUAAUAAAGGCAAAAAAUCAUCUGGAAAUAUAAAAAUAAACGAACAUGAUAAUAACAAGAAAAAAACUGAUAUGAAUGAUGAUAUGUAUUCUAAUGAAAAAUUAAAUAAUUCAGAAGCACAUUUAUCCUUAAAAUAUCUUGGAUUAGGUUAUGAUAUAAUUAUGGGAAAUCCAGAGGGGGAUCCUACUUUAAAUAUCGAUCCAGGAUUCAGAGGACCAGUUCUUCAAAUUAACCUUGAAGAAAUAAGUUUAAAUAAUAAUAAUAAUAAUAAUGGUAUUAAUAAUAUUAAGAAUGGUAAUCAUAAGAAUAAUAAAAGAUCAACUCCUUGGGUAAUUCCUGAGCAUUCUUGUAGUCAAUCAAAAAAUGUAGAAGAAAUAAGAAAUUUAGAGCAAUAUAAAUUAGAAUUAUCGUCAGAUGUUAAAAUAAGUACAGCACCAAUUUUCCCAUAUUCUUUUUCUGCAUCAGUAGAAUUUAAGAAUGCACUAAAAAAAUUAAAAGUACAAAAUAAUGUAAUAUUUAUGAUGAAAAUUUAUUGUUUAAGAUAUUAUACUGGAAUACCAAUUACAACAUUAUGGAAAUUUACAGAUCACUUUAAAAGGGCAUUGAACAAUUUACCUCGUACAUUUGAUGGGUUAAAAGAAGGUAGUUUAUGCACAUAUGAAGAUUACAUAAAUAAAUUAAAUACUCCUGAAUGUGAAGAAAAUGUAAAUAAGUGGAUAAUUUUCUUUAAGCUUCAUGGUACUCAUGUGGCUCAUGAAAUAUACUUAGGGGGGAAAAUUAUAUUAAAAAUGAAUAUAGAUAAAAAUGAAUAUAAUAAAAUGAAAGAAAACAAUUUAAGUAUGAAACCGUUCUUUAAUUUUUACUUUCAUAAAAUGGGAUUAUCUGCGAGUUUCAGUAAACAAACUAAAAGCAUAUUAACAAAAUUUCAAAUAUCAAAAAAUAUAUCCAUUCUUGGUGGUAAUCCUGGUUUGGAUGUAGAAAAUUCUUCCUUUUUUGAAAGAUGGGUUAAUUCCAUUGGUAAAAAUUCAAUGCCCAUUAGAACAAAACUAUUACCAUUUAGUUUUUUUAUGAAAGACCCUAAUAUGAUACAGGCAUAUAAAGAUGCAUUAACCUUUUAUGGCCUAUCUUAUGGGGUUAGAAUAAUUGAUCAGGAAAAAUAUAAUAAUGCCGUACUGUCUAUUGGAGAAUAUCUUGGAAAUUGUAAACAAGUGUUAUAUGCUGGUCCUUCUCCGGGUUUAUUAACAUGUCCAAUAGGAGGUAGUAUUGUGAUGGGAUUUUCCUUAAAUUUAGACUUUUAUAAAAAUAAAAAAUUAAGCAGUACUAUUGGUAUAACUACUUGUGAUCAAAUGAAAGAAUCAUGUAGUGGAAAUGGAUUUGAAAAUAAUUAUUCAGAUACAAGAAUAUGGGCUUUAUGUUCUAAUCAUCCACUAGAAUUUAUUAAGCAAGUAGUUCAACAAGGUGAAUCUCCUAAAGUGACAGCAACUUGCCCAAAGGGCUUAGUUAUUUUAUUUGGCUUUGCUCUAAUGAAAGGUAUGGGGUCCUCUUCUGCUAAUAAUGUAGAUAUAUAUCCUUGUCGUACUGGCCAAAUCAGUUGUUCAGCUGUUUUACAAAAAAGCAAAUUUAAGCAAAGCAUGGUAUACAUUGCUUGUGUUGACAGAACAACGAGUGGAUUAAAAUAUAUACAAACAUUUAGUAAAAUAAAAAAUAUGGGAUCUGUCGUUCCAAGCAAAUUUAAAGCAGAUGGAUUUCUCAAAUUUUCCUGUCCAAAAAAUAAUUCAUUAGUAUUUGGUUUUUCUUUAGAGUUUCAUACUAAUUUUCCUAUUACUAGAAAUAAUUUUUUGCAUUGCUCAAAGUUUAAUAAUGGGUGCGAAAUAGGAGGAAUAGGAAUCAAUACAAGGUUACCAUUUUUCAGAUCAGAUGAGCACUCAUUAGCUACAAUAGCUGUUUGUCGUUCACAUGAAGAAAACAAAACAUAUAAAUAA